AUGUCGACACAGGAUUUGGAACGUCAGAUUUCUGAAUUAAAAACCAAGCUUGAUUCCUUACAGUGCCCAUCACAAGCUUCACAUGUAUCUGCCGUGUCGGUUAAAUUGCCACCCUUUUGGGCCGACAAGCCUACUACGUGGUUCGGUUUAGUUGAGGCACAAUUUCACAUAGCUGGUAUUACUCAGGACAUCACCAAAUACAGUCAUGUCAUUUCCAUGUUAGACACCCGGGUGGCUGAUGAAAUCGAAGAUAUAAUUGCGAGCCCACCAAAGGAAAACAAGUACGAGUGUCUCAAGGCUGAGCUUACGAAGCGGUUAUCGACUUCGAGGGAGCAGCGGAUUCGUCAGCUUUUGGACGAGGAGCAACUGGGAGAUAGAAAGCCAUCACAAUUCCUGCGGCACCUUCGCUCGCUAGCGGGCGACGUUCUGCCUAAUGAUGAUUUCUUGCGGGAGUUGUGGUUAAGACGCCUUCCACAAAGCGUCCAGGUAAUUUUGACAGCGCAGGUCGACUUACCUCUCAGUAAAGUGGCUGAAAUUGCUGAUAAAGUUAUGGAGGUAGCUCCACCUAUUAUGGGAUCUGUCGUGGAUGCCGUUGAAGCGAAUACGCCGACUUUGACAAGUUUAGUACAGCGAAUUGAUGCGUUGGCUGAAAAAGUAGAGGCUCUACGCUCUAGCAACUCUAGUAUUCAGCGAGGUCAAUCUUCGUCUAUGUCUCCAGAGCGUGUUAACAAGCGGCUUUGCAGAUUUCAUAAGCGUUUCGGUGAAAAGGCUCACAGGUGCAUUUCUCCAUGUUCUUGGGAGGAAAAUGUCAAUAAAGCAAAAAACUAG